AAUAUUUGACCUACUUGAUGUAAAUUAAAUACUAAAAUUUAAUAAAAGUAUGUAUUUGUUUAUCUGUCAUAAAACAACUCAAUUGUUUACACAUAAAAGCUUUCACGUUAUUACCCGAAUUGAGUAAUUUAAAAGGCCGGUUAGAACAUUUGUUGUCUAGAUAACGUAAAUUAAACUACGGUUUAGUCCAAAUUGACAAACUUCAUAAUGUUAUUCCUGUAAACAGCAAAAAUAUCGACAAACUCAGAAGAUCAGUAUGAUGGCAUAUCAUACAAUUUUGACUUUACGAUUUGCGAAUGCAGUUGGAGGAAAAGCUUACAUCAAUUUUAAUGAACAUUUUUGAUGGAGAUCUUGUAAUAAACACUCAAAUAUUUGAAAAUGUCGAACGCUCCAACCUAAUUCCAACAACAACAGAUAGAGAUGGUACCACCGACAAUAAUGCUGUAUAUUCUAGUUCCCCGUCUCCUAAUGAUGUCAUAACUAAUCCGCUCUAUUCAGCGGCAAAUGGAAUACACGAGAAAGCUGCAUUGAGUACAAGGAUGGAAAUUACGACAGCACUAACGAAAUAUACUUGGGGAUGGCCGCUUAGUACUGACCAAUUGAUAACAACCGACAAAGAUGAUAUUGGACAUAGAGUGACCACUGACACGGAUUCAACUCCUAUUCAGUCUUCCACAUUAUCAACCUUCGUUGAUAGGACUAGAGGAAGCUCACUUUCAGAAUAUGAAAUGUACAAUGAAGAAAUAAACAGACUGAAACACGAAGUGACUGAAGCGAAAAAGUUAAUAGAAAACUAUAAGAUUGAUACUGAUGCUUCAACAGAAAAACUCAAUUUAGACAAAGAUAUCAAAAAAUACUUAGAGAGAAGUCGUUAUUUGCCGGAUAGUUGUCGAGGGUUACACAAACUCAAUUUAUUUCUUGGAAUGAAACCGGAGAAGUUUUUGGAAUCUACCGUACACCGGUAUCUGAAAAGAUUUUACCGUGACUUGAUGACAGAUGACGGAGGAUGGGUUGUAUUUCAACGUCGAAUGGAUGGCUCUGAAAACUUUUAUCGUGAAUGGUAUUAUUAUAAAAAAUGGAUUUGGAAAUACAACUGGAGAAUUUUGGCUUGGUCUUGCAUUUCCAGAACAUUCUCAAUCGGUGAUUCUUCAACAAAUUAUCGUUUAACGAUUGGUCAAUACAGUGGAAAUGCUGGGGAUUCACUUAGACAUUCCCAACAUCAAGGACAAUCUUUCACAACUAGAGACGAAGAUCAUGACUCUACAUCUGGCAACUGUGCUGUGAAUUUUGAGGGAGCGUUCAGGUACGGAGGUUGUCAUGCGACUAAUUUGAAUGAGCUGUAUAUCGCAGGAGGAAAAGCAGAAUACGGAAUAUCUGUUGUCUGGUGGACCUGGAAAGGCCAUAUUCAGUUCAAGUGGUGUCGUUAUGUUUGCUCCGAGCGGGUGUCUGAUAAAUAUGCCAAUAAAAGCAAAGCUCAAAUGUUAUGGUUCGCUAAAUAGCUCUAAACAAUGCCAAAUUGUAAGCAUGUAUUCCCCACAAAAAAGAUAAAAAGCCAGUCGAGACUGCUACGAACAUCAUGCAACCUCACUACCGUGUUUUCCCAAAAAUAAGACUGCCCCUUCUUUUAAUUUUCUUUCGAAAAAUAACACUAGCUCUAAUUUUCUGGCGAUGACUUUUAUUUUCAUUUAUAAAAAAACAAAAUUACAAAGUAGGGAUUACGAGAUUUUCAAAUACACAAAAUAUGAAAACCGAUAUCCAUUUACUUAUACUUAUAUCCAUUUACUUAAUAUAAAUAAACGAAAUUGCAACAUAAUUAAGUGGUGUACUUUUGUAUAUACGUGUAAUUCGGAUUGACUCGAAACCAGAUGUUCAGGACGUGGCUCCAAUUCAUUGCAUUGUAUUCGCAAUAACGCAAUAUCUAUUUUUAACAAACGGCCAU